AUGCAUCUGUUGAACAGGGCAUGCCUUGCUGCUGAACACUUGUCCGAAUACUGGCCGAAUGCAGAAGGGAUCAGGAAGGUCUUUCGUAGCCUGCUGGACAGGUUCACGACCAUCAUCCACAACAUUCAACAGCAGAAUGACGCAAACCUCAUUGAAACGUCCAUAGCAAGCGAAGUACCGGAGUUUAGUCUACCUGCUAUUCUAGAUUCCUUCUGCCAACUGCCUGCGUGGCAAGACGACGACCCUCAUUGGAACGCAGUUCCGUUUCAGUCAUGA